ACCAGGGAGGAUUCUUCCAAUGACAUGCCUGUGUACCUGCGAGGCCUGGGCAAAGGAGACUGGUUUGGGGAGAAAGCCCUGCAGGGCGAGGACAUCAGGACGGCUAAUGUGAUCGCUGCUGAAGCUGUCACCUGCCUGGUCAUUGACAGAGAUUCAUUUAAGCACUUGAUCGGGGGCCUCGAGGACGUCUCAAACAAAGGUUAUGAGGAUGCAGGGGCCAAAGCCAAAUACGAAGCGGAGAACGCCUUCUUCUGUAACCUGAAGCUGGUGGACUUCAACAUCAUUGACACGUUGGGGGUCGGAGGUUUCGGACGCGUGGAGCUGGUGCAGCUCAAAAGUGAUGAGAUCAAAACGUUUGCGAUGAAGAUCCUGAAGAAGAGGCACAUCGUGGACACGCGGCAACAGGAGCACAUCCGCUCUGAGAAGCAGAUCAUGCAGGAGGCCCACUCGGACUUCAUUGUCAGGCUAUAUAGGACAUUCAAAGAUGCCAAGUAUCUCUACAUGUUGAUGGAGGCUUGCCUUGGGGGAGAGCUCUGGACCAUACUUAGGGACAGAGGUUCAUUUGAAGACUCGACCACACGGUUCUACACAGCCUGUGUGGUGGAGGCCUUCGCUUACCUGCAUUCCAAAGGGAUCAUCUACAGAGAUCUCAAACCAGAGAACCUCAUCCUGGAUCACAGAGGCUAUGCCAAGCUGGUGGACUUUGGCUUUGCCAAGAAGAUUGGGUUUGGGAAGAAGACAUGGACUUUCUGCGGGACCCCGGAGUACGUGGCACCUGAGAUCAUCCUGAACAAGGGGCACGACAUCUCCGCUGACUACUGGUCGUUGGGGAUCCUCAUGUACGAACUCCUGACUGGAAGCCCGCCAUUUUCAGGGCCAGAUCCAAUGAAGACAUAUAAUAUUAUCCUGAGAGGAAUCGACAUGAUUGAAUUUCCAAAGAAGAUCACCAAAAAUGCUGCCAAUUUGAUAAAGAAACUAUGCAGGGACAAUCCUUCGGAAAGACUUGGAAACUUGAAAAAUGGAGUCAAAGAUAUCCAAAAGCACAAAUGGUUUGAAGGCUUUAACUGGGAGGGGUUGAGGAAAGGAACCCUGACUCCUCCAAUCAUCCCUGAUCUCUCGUCGUCAACUGACACAAGCAACUUUGACAGUUUCCCAGAGGACAAAGAUGACCCUCCUCCAGAUGACAUGUCUGGCUGGGACACAGAUUUUUAAAUCCAUGUGUAGUAGCCUCUCUGGCCACUCCCCCUUUCCUGGGGAAGCCCUUCAAGGGUUUGGCUGCAGAGCACAGAUAGACAGACAGUUGAUGAUGCUGUGAACCGACAGUGACAGUGAAGGGGGCAGUCGUACCGCUCUGGGUCACCGAGAUGCCUUCACCGAUGUUGCUCCACUCUCCUCUGAGGUGACAUUGGGACUAAUGGUCUAGCUGACAGAAGUCCCCUUCAGUCUCCCAACAUCACCAUCAACCAUGGAUCGCCUCAUGGAGAGUUUUUUUUUUUUUUUUUGUCACAUAUUUGUAU